AUGGCUAAAAUCGUCAAGAAGGGAGUCAAAGGUGCUGCCGCCAAUUUCAUCACUAGACAACAAGCUUUGAACAAGCUUCAAAUCUCUUUGGCUGAUUUCAGACGUCUUUGUAUUUUGAAGGGUAUCUAUCCCCGUGAACCCAAGAACAAGAAGAAGGCCAACAAGGGUAGUACAGCACCUGCUACAUUCUACUAUGUCAAGGACAUCAAAUAUCUCUUGCACGAACCACUUCUCGCUAAAUUCCGCGAGUACAAGGCAUUUGCAAAGAAGCUCAACAAGGUGCUUCACAAGGGCGAGUUUUCUGCAGCAAAAUCUUUGGAGGAAAAUAACAAGCCUGUGUACAGUUUAGAUCACAUUGUCAAGGAGAGAUAUCCUUCAUUCAUUGAUGCUCUUCGUGAUCUCGACGAUGCUUUAUCCAUGCUCUAUUUAUUCUCCAAAUUACCUGCUGACAACAAGAUCAAGGCUGAUGCUGUUGCCGAAUGUCAAAAGCUGAUCUCUGAAUUCCAAGCCUAUGUCAUGAAGUCCAAGAGUCUGCGCAAGGUCUUCUUCUCCAUCAAGGGUAUCUACUAUCAAGCCGAGAUCAAGGGUCAAACCAUUACUUGGAUCGUGCCCUACCAAUUCUCACAAGAGAUCCCCACAGAUGUUGAUUUCCGUGUCAUGCUCACCUUUUUAGAAUUCUAUCAAACUCUUGUUGGUUUUGUCAACUUCAAAUUAUACAACGAAAUCAACAUGACCUAUCCUCCCAAGAUUGAUGAGACUGGAGGCUUCCAUUUAGACGAAGCUAUGCCUGCUGCCACCACGAAGAACGAUGAUGAUGAAGAUACCAACGCUGUCGAUGAAUUCAAAUCCACUGCCGCUGCUGGUGAGGAAGAUGACAGCACAGUUACUCUUGCCAAGAUCCAAGCUGCUUCUAACGCUACAUCUGAUCUCCAAACCCUCUUCAAGAACCAAAAGUUCUACCUGUCCCGUGAGACUCCUCGUUACGCUCUUGAAUUCAUGAUCAAAUCCUGCGGUGGCCAAGUCAGUUGGGAUCCCUCUGUUGGUCUUAACCCUCCCUACCCUGAAUCAGACGAAUCCAUCACCUACCAAGUCACUGAUCGUCCCUCUGUCAGCAAUCGUGUGUUGUCUCGCACCUAUGUUCAACCUCAAUGGAUCGCUGAUUGUAUCAAUGCUCGUAAAAUUGUCAAAGCAAGUCUCUAUGAGCCCGGAAGCACAUUACCACCUCAUUUGUCUCCCUUCGUUGAUGCCAAGGAAGGUGAUUAUGUUCCUGAAACUGGUUUGGAAAGCGACGAGGAUGAGGAUGUGGAGGAUGAAGUGAUUGAGGAAUCUGCCGUUGUUGAGCAGGAGGACAAGCCCAAGAAGACAAAGAAGCGCACAGCAGCCGAGAUCGAGGAAGAGGAAGUCAAGGAAAUGUCCACAGUGAUGAUGACCAACAAGCAGAGAAAGCUCUACACAAAGAUGCAAUACGGUAUUCAGCAAAAAGCAGACCAAAAGGCCAAAUUAGAAAAGAAAAAGAAGGCUCUCAAGACUGCAAAGAAAUAA